AUGACCUCUAAUGAAACCCAACCAAGAAUUAUAUUUAUUGGGGAUUCUGGAGUGGGAAAGACAUCAAUAAUUCAUUAUGCUAAAAAUGGAUUCUUCGAAAGUCGUACAAUGACUACUAUUGGCGCAGGUAUAACGCAAAUGGAAACAAAGGUUGGAAACGAAACCGUAAAAUAUCAACUAUGGGAUACAGCCGGCCAAGAAAUGUACAGAAAUAUUGUUCCUAUUUAUUUUAAAGGAGCUACCGCUGCAAUAAUCGUUUUUUCAGUAACGGAUGCAGAAACUUUCCGACACCUUGAUGGAUGGAUUAAACAAUUGCAAGAUCACGCAUCAGAGAAAGUUGGAAUCGUUUUAGUUGGAAAUAAAAUUGACAGUCCCGAUCAUAAAGUAGAAAUAGAAGAAGGAAAUGCCUACGGAAAGACUUACGGCUAUCCAGUUAUAUAUACGUCAGCAGUAACUGGCGAAAACAUCGAUGUAUUAAUUGAUCAUAUUGCCUCGUCAUUGGCCGCAAAGUCAACGUUUGAGGGAACAUCAGUGAAUAUCCAAACCCCAGCCGAAACAAAAAAGAAAUGUUGUUAA